GGAGCGAGCGGCCGGCGGGGCGGGCUAUUAAUAACGCGGCCGCGCAGCCCAGGGUCGCGCAGCCAUGGCCAGCCCGGAGCCCCGGCACGGCGGGGACGGCGCCGCCCAGGCCGCGAGGGAACCAAGAGCAGAAGCCAAUUCUCCUGUUGAAGAGGAGAGCUCUGAAUCCCUGCAUGAGGUGGGGACUUUGGAUCUAGAUGCUACUCUGUCUUUGAAGGGGACUUUGAACUUAGAUGACAUUCUCUACCUGGGGGACACAGGUGACCUUGAUGAGAUACUCUAUGUGGAAGAGAUGGAGAAGCCUGAGGAGACGCUGUACAUUGAGGAGACCAGGCAGCCAGAUGAAGCCCUGGGCACGGAUGAACCUGUGAACCCAGAGGAGAUCCUGUAUGUGGAAGAGCCCACGAAGCCAGAAAAGGUCACAAGCCCAGAGCAGACCAGUGAUGAGGGAGAGAUGGUCACGAGCGAGGAGAAAGCUAGCCCUGAGGAAGGCCUCAGUGCCGGGCCUAGUCCCAGCCCAGAGAGCCUGAGCAUAGAGGACCUAGAGUUGCUAGAGGAGCGUUUUCAGCAAUGCGUCCAAGCUGUGGCCCAUCUGGAAGAGGAGAGGGAUCAGCUCAUCCACGAGCUCGUAUUGCUCCGGGAACCGGCCCUCCAGGAGGUACAGCAAGUCCAUCAGGACAUCCUAGCUGCCUACAAACUGCAUGCCCAGGCGGAGCUGGAGAGGGAUGCACUAAGGGAGGAGAUCCGGCUGGUCAAGCAGAAGCUGUUCAAGGUGACGAAGGAGUGUGUGGCCUACCAGUACCAGCUGGAGUGCCGCCGGCAGGAUGUGGCCCAGUUUGCCGAGCUGCGGGAGGUGCUGACGACGCGGGCAGCUCAGCUCUCAGAGGAACUGGCCCAGCUCCUGGAUGCCUAUGAGAAGCAGAAGGAGCAGCUACGGCAACAGCUAGAAGCACCUCCGAGUCAGAGGGAUGGGCACUUUCUCCAGGAGAGCCGACGGCUCUCUGCCCAGUUUGAGAACCUCAUGGCCGAGAGCCGCCAAGGCCUGGAGGAAGAGUAUGAGCCUCAGCUACUGCGCCUCCUAGAGAGGAAAGAAGCUGCGGCCAAAGCGCUGCAGAAAACCCAGGCUGAAAUCCAAGAGAUGAAGGAGGCUCUGAGACCCCUGCAGGCAGAGGCCCGGCAGCUCCACCUGCAGAACAGGAACCUGGAGGACCAGAUCACACUCGUGAGGCAAAAGCGAGAUGAGGAGGUGCAGCAGUACAGGGAACAGCUGGAGGAAAUGGAAGAACGACAGAGGCAGUUAAGGAGCAGCGUGCAACUCCAGCAGCAGAAGAACAAAGAGAUGGAGCAACUGAGGAUCAGCCUUGCUGAAGAGCUCUCCACUUAUAAGGCUAUGCUACCCAAGAGCCUGGGACAGGCUGACAUUCUCACUUCUCAGGCAGGUGGAAUGGAGACCCAAUCUCAAGGGGCUGUUUAGAAACAUAUGGCCGAAUCUGUAACCCAGAAACAAGAACAAAAAACUUCUUAGCAAAGGAUCACUAAGUACCCUUUGGACAUACUUUUUUCCAGAGAAGGGAGUGCCAGGGACUUGGCAAGCAAUUCACCCUGGGAAAGUUACAAAUACUGGCUGACUUGUUUAAAAAGAUUCAAAGGCUGGCUGGAGGCAGAACAUCAUCAGUCACAGAUUUAGGUGGAGUCUAUUUCAUAGGCUGCUGGUACCAAUCUCCAUGUGCAUAGAGAUGGAAAAAUGAAAAUUCUGUUCUCUGGCAGCAAUCCCCACAUGCCCAGACUAAAGGAUGGAUAUAUGGACACACUUUAGUGUUGUAAAGAAUGUAUCUUGCCUUGUGUUGACCCAAAACAAAAAUCUUUUUUUUGGAGCACAGGUAGGGUCAAAAAGGCAGCCAAUUUUCAUUAUAUGAUUUACAAUUUGAUUUCUUUUGUGCCAUGAGCAUUGGACUUUAAAAUGAAUCCUUUUACAAAGUUUAAGUCUGUGUGGGCUCAUAUGGCUUAUUCCUAAUUGUGUUGAGAUAAUUUUCACUGCACUCUUUUAGGACUACAGACUUGGAAAAGAGAAACCAAUCUGGAUUUGAACCUAAAGGUUUAAGGAUUUUCCCAAAGACUGUGCUUCAUGAAAAUGAUUUUGGGUCAGAGUGACUGGCAAAAAACCAGGCAUUUUAUUUGGUUAUGGUACUUGGUGAUAAAGGCUUUUAUCAGGAGCCUAUUAUAUGUAACCUCUAAAUACAGGCCCCAGUGAAAAACAUACUGGGGAGAUUCAACUUCUAUGGGAAAAGGUUCAAACACCUUUUCCCAAUUUAAAGUUUGCCUUAAAUGCUCUCUGCCACAUUGCCUUUGACAGUUUUGAAAGUCCAAGUAGUUCUCUAAGGAGAGAAAUUUCAAAAAGAUGUUAUAUUAGCAAAGACUAAUCCAUGUAUCUCUGGUUCAGUGUUUUAUGUCUGGCACUUUCCCUGGGAAGGAGUAAAGCUCUUUUCUAUAUAGUUCUGGAUCUAUCAUAUUUAAUUCUGCUCUUGAUAGUCAAAGACCAUACACAAUAACUGCCCUCUGAACAACUCUUCAGGAAGCCAGACAGGUGUUUGACGAAUGUUAUAUACCCAAUAAAACCCACUGGCAUGGGGUUACGUAGAAAAGCAAUUUAUUCCAUUAUAAGCACUUACACAGUUAGUCAUGGAGAGUAACAGGCCUGCUGGUGAAACAGGUCACCCAAAAUAGAGAUGGUACCAAACUAGUGGUCAAGGACUAACUCCUAAAAAAAAAAAAAAAAAAAAAAAAAAAGCAACUCUUAUCCAGGAUUAAUUUAAUUUUAAAAACAAAUACAAGC